GAAUAUAGCAUAUGGGUUUGGUUUGGGAGGAAUGUAAGGAAGUGGAGGAUGAGAAAGAAGGGUGAGGUGAGCUAUAGUCAGCAUCUUCCUGGUGAUCAUGUCCCCUGGCUGUUAUCAGUAAGCAGUUUAGAUAAGCAAUAGAGACAAGGAACGCACUCCACACACUCUUAAUUGCUGUCUUUCCUUUGACAGUGUAUGUGUGUGUGUGUGUGUGCAUAAUUUCACAGUGGUUAGGUUAGUGAGGUAUUGUGAUGAUAGCAAUAGUGUUGUCAGGUGUAGAAGUGUUGUCAGUUAGGUGUGGUAAUGUCAGAUGUGGCAGUGUCGUCAGGUGGACUGGUUAAGUGUAGCAGUGUUGUCAGGUGUGAUAGUGUUGUCAGACAUGUGUAGCAGUGUCAUCAUUAGCACAAACUAGUCAUAUCUUCAUUAAAAAUUCUAUACAUAUAUUCAUCCCCAUCAUGUUAGAGGAGUGAAGGAAGAAGAGGAAGAGGAUGACAGGGAGAGGAGGGAGAGGAAGAGCAAGAGGUCGAGGACGAGGGCAACAACAACAACAACAACAACAACAACAACAACAACAACAGCAACAGCAGCAGCAGCAACAACAACAACAAUCUACAACCUUUCCUUAUUACCCAAACCAGGAUGAAAUAGCAGCAUAUCUAUCAAGCCUACAGCUGCAGGAAGGGAAGAGACCAGUGCUGGAAGGCUCUGGAGGACGAGGAAGAGGAGGAAGAGGAGGAGGAGGGAUAACAGCAGCAGUUGGAGGAGUAGGAAGAGGAAGAGGUGAUGCUAGUGGAAGGAAUAUGCAAGGAGGAGAAGGAGGAGGAGGAGAAGUUGGUGUAGGAAACACAGAUGGAGGAUUAGGAAGAGGAAGAGAUGAUGCAAGCAACGUGAAAGGAAGUACUGGAGUCGUGGAAGGAAGAGGAGCGAGAGGAGGGAGAGGAAGAGGAGUGAGAAGGGAACGAACACACAGCACUCGCCUGCAGAGGAUGAGUGAGACAGAGGAGCAGGUUGUGUGGACCAGACCCCAGCACAUCAUUACCAAGAAAGGUACCUCAGGCCAGGGCAUUCUCUUGCGGACUAACUACUACCAGGUGAGGGCCAGGCCAGAGUGGUGCCUGUGUGCUUACCAUGUCUCCUUCAGCCCUGAGGAGACACGUACCCCAGUCAAGAAGCUCCUACUGCGCCAGCAUUGUGGUGUUCUGGGCCACUAUAUCUUUGACGGGGCUCAGAUGUUCCUCUCUCACAAGCUGAUCCGGGAUCCCACUGAGUUGGCUUCCCGGCGUCCUGACAACGGCUCACCUUACACCCUCAAAAUCAAGUUCAUUCGAGAGAUUCCCCCGUCAGACACUCAGUUCCUGCAGAUCUUCUCCAUCCUUUUGCGUCGCUGUUAUGAGUACCUGGGCCUCACUAAGAUUGGAAAGCAUUACUACGAUGCCAAGAGGGAGAUCCAGAACCCCAAGCACCAGGUGGCGAUCUGGCCAGGGCAAAUCUCCAGCAUCAGGCAACAUGAGCAUCAGAUCCUCUUAAUGACCGACGUGAUACACAAGUUUCUGCGGCUGGACACUGUGUACACGCUCCUGCGGCGCCUGCACACUACACACCCCAACAACCUGAAGUGGGCAGCUGAGCGGGAGGUGGUGGGCAUGGUGGUGAUGACGAGGUACAACCAGCGCACCUACACCAUUCAUGAUAUUGCCUGGGACCUCACUUGCCUGGGGAAGUUCAGCUAUCAGGGCAGCCAGAUCACCUACAUUGACUACUAUCAGAAGGAGUAUCAGGUGACAGUACGUGACCCCCACCAGCCACUCCUCCUAUCGCGCCCCAGGAAACGAGACCUGCGAAGGGGACAGAAGGGUAACAUCUACCUCAUCCCAGAGCUGUGUGUGGCUACUGGAGUGUCCCAAGCCAUGCGGUCUGACCCUCGCCUCAUGCAGGACCUGGCUGCCUCAACACGCCUUGGUCCAGAUCAGAGGGUGCAGGCACUGACUAAGUUCAACAAUACCCUGUUUGCGAAUGAUAAGGUGAAGGCCGAGUUGGACCAGUGGGGGCUGAGCUUUUCCCAGGAACUAGCACAAGUCAGGGGUCGCAUCCUGCCAGGGGAGGUGCUGACCCAGGCACACCGCUCCUUCACCUACACCGGCAGUGAUGGGGACUGGGCCAGGGAGGUAAAAGACAUUCCCCUCAGUGUGUGCAGAGAGGUGGGGCGCUGGGUUCUGGUGUUUCCCUCUCGGCAGCGUCAGGAGGCAGAGGAGCUGGUGGCAGGCCUGAGGAAGGUGACACCCACACUGGGAAUGGUAAUGCCACAGCCUGCCAUGGAGAUGGUGCAGGGUGACGGGCCACAGGACUACCUCAAGGCCCUGGGCAAGCACAUGGGAGUGGGCCUGGUGGUGUGUGUGGUGCCAAACUCUCGGCUGGAUCGCUACGUGGCCAUCAAGAGGCACGUGUGUAUGGUGAUGGCCGCUCCCUCCCAGAUGGUGCUGGCCAAGAGUCUGCAGCACAAGGGCCGCCUGCUGUCCAUUGUGACACGUGUUGCCAUCCAGAUCAACUGUAAGCUGGGUGGGGAAGCCUGGACAGUGCAGAUGCCGCUCAGGAACACAAUGGUGGUGGGAUACGAUGCUUACCAUGAGGGAGGAAGGCGGGGAGGUGCAUCGUGGGGAGCUGUGGUGGCCUCCUACAACCAGAGCCUCACUCGCUACUUUGGGCAGGUGACUCGCCAUGCCUCACACCAAGAACUGGCCAACAACUUCAGUGCUGCCGUCACCAGUGCCCUGGGCCACUAUGCCCGAGUCAACGGGUGCCUGCCUGAGCGAGUGUUGGUGUACAGGGAUGGUGUGGGCGACGGACAACUUAACUAUGUCAGGGAUACAGAGGUUGCUGCCAUAAGGGAGUGCUUUGCUGCGUUCAACUUCCAUCCGGGCUUCAGCUUUGUGGUGGUCAGCAAGAGGAUCCACUCGCGUCUGUUUGCCGAGGGUGUCACUACUGGCCGCCCCGUCAACCCCCCGCCAGGCACUGUGUGUGACGACGUUAUCACCCUGCCCGAGAGAUACGACUUCUUCCUGGUGAGUCAGAGGGUCACCGAGGGCACUGUCACCCCCACCUCCUACAACAUCCUGGUGGAUCAUAACACAAACCUGGACCCAGACAGACACCAGCGCCUUGCCUACAAGCUCACCUUUCUCUACUACAACUGGAUGGGUCCAGUGAGAGUACCAGCACCCUGCCUUUAUGCCCACAAGCUGGCCUCCAUCACUGGGCAGGCCAUCCAUGGCUCCCCACCUCCCAGCCUGGCAGACAAACUGUGGUACCUGUAGAGAAGUUGUGGCAUGCCUGUGGCUGUAGUUGGUGGCUGUGCUGGCUGGCUAGAUCACUGUUUACCUCCAGUGGUUAUAUCAGGUUUUCUCAGUCUGAAGAUCUCUGAUUGGCUAAAGUCCAUUGUCAUGUUUUGCAGUGAGAUUAUUAGUAGAUGAUGGAAUUUGAGAAUGAAGGAAGAGGGUUAAGGCAGAUAGUGUGUGUGUUUAUAAACUUGAAUUGAGAUUAAUGAAAAUUAAUUAAUGAGUGAAAAUUUUGCACCAUUUGUUGGAAAACAAAAAAAUGCUUCUGAGAAUCUUGACUAAUAGUCUCUGUGGCCUUUGAAGGAUAGAACAAAACAUGUUAAUGCAUGCCACAUGAAGAAAAUAAUUUGUACUGUCCUGUUAGUUACAUAAAUAAAACUCAAACUUCA